CUCGUGAUAGUCAUAAGAGGACAGAUCAAAGGAGAAAAAAACAGACCAAGUCAAAGAAAGCUGCACAUGCCUUCAGUUAACAGACAGAAUACAGGUCCGAAGGAGGUUUGAGCAGGACCAACCUCACAAAAUGCCCAGAAGAUAUAACCACCUGGAUGGCAACUAUUUCAAAGGGAAAGGACACGCCUAUUUUGCAGCAGAAGAAGCUCUGGGUAUUGGACUUUUCAUUUUGGUGCUGGCAAUUUUACUUGCCUUUGGCUGCUGGUAUUACAAAAGACGUAGUGGCUACAAAAGUCUGCGGAGCAAAAACACUAGUAUGAGCACAAUACGAAAGGUGGUAGGUGAGGAAGCAAUACUGGACUGCAAAAUGGCUCUGCAGGACUACAGAGACUUUAAUUCUGUGGUACCUGAUGCUCCACCAGCUUAUGACAAAAUUGCUGCAGAUCAGUCACCACCACCUUAUUCACCAUGAUAACAUGAAAUUUGAAGUCCUAAACAUACUGAUUACAUUUCUUCAUGCUCGCUAUUAAUUUCCCGUAUAUGCUUAACUUUCUCAAAGCUCAAAUCAAACAAAAGAAAACAACAUGUUUUCAUUAGCAGUUGGUGAAAAGUAUUCCCGCUUAAUUUACAGAACUGGUCCUUGAAAUGCCUUAAUAAAUCUGAAUGUGCUUUCGUUUAAA